CCACAACACAAUCCUUUGGAUCGUCCCCCUUAUUGUCGGCUCCUCUCCCUCCAUAACAUCAUUACAGUAUCUUUUGCCUACCACUAGUAGCUAGCUUUUGCUGCUGGUACGGUAGUAGUCGUCUGAGCUAGCUAGUUAGUUAGGUAGCCAGCGAAUCUUAUAGCCAGCUAUAGUUUCUCUUCUGUGUUCUGUCUACCGGUAUCUUCCGGCACUUCUGUUAAGCAUGACAAGAGACCGACUUCGAAGGAGACCUGGGACCACAGUGGCGCUUCCAACGGUCCCAUUAUCCUCCGAGACGACGACAACCACAAAAAUCAUUCACUAUUACCACCCAGUCACUCCGAUGAAACACUUCUUUGGGGCACUGGUGAUAUGUGUCAUUUCCUUGGUCGCCAGGACUCAUGGGUAUGUUACCCUUUGCAAUCCACAAUCAUCACUCCCCUUUAUUGGCAAACGGCACCAUGGCUGUCAUCAGUCACUAAAACAACAACAACAACAACAACAACAACAUGUAGGAGUGCCAAGGAGGCACAACAGGAGAAAUCAUCUACAGAUGGUACCAUCCUCCGUAGUCGAUGGAACCAAUCAGACGUCUUCUUCGGCUGCCACUAGUACUGCCAUGAUGACACACACCAACAACGACAUUCCAGUUGCCACUACGAAUCAUAACAACGGUGCCACCAGUCAUCAUAAUAACGGUGUCGCCACCAAUGGAACGCCCCUGCCUCCCUGGCUCUCGGAUUUGGUAGUCGACCAAAACGACGACGCGGAUACCCCUCAACCCACGGUCAAUGGUGGAUUCACUCACACCAAAUCAUCCAGAGCCAAGAUAUCCGCCGCCAACAAGGGGAAAACACCCUGGAAUAAGGGAAAGGGACGAUCCGAAGAAGUCAAGGCACGCAUCGCGGCGGGAGUCCGAAAACGAAAUCGAGAAAAAUUCCUACAGAAAUUGGCCGACAUGGGCAUGACCGAAGACGAAUACAAUGCCCAAGAAGCACAAAAGAAGGCACAGAAGGAUGCCGAACGAAAGGCACGACGCACCGAAAAGGGAGGAUAUCGACUCACCGAAGAAACCAAGAAAAAAAUAUCCAGCGUACUCAAAACCAAAUGGGCCAAUGGGGAAGUCAAAAAACGAGUCAUUGAUCCCGCCAAAGUACGACGCGGAUUUACCCAUUCCGAAGAAACACGCGCCAAAAUCAGUGAAUCGCUCCGCAAACGAUGGGCUAACGAUGACGAUUACAGGACCAACAUGUUGAACAAAACCAUGAUUGCCAAUAGCAAACAAGAUGUACGGCAACGCAUCGCCGAGACGCUCAAGAAAAAGUGGGAGGAUCCCGUCUUUCGAGCCAACAUGACGGCCAAGAUGGCCAACCGUCAAAAAGCGAAAAACAAAAAGAUGGGAAUGUCUCAUCGUGAAAAAAUAUCACAGGCCAUCAAGGCCAAGUGGGAAAAUGACGAGUAUCGAAAACGAGCUACAGAGGGAAUGGCCAAACGAAAUGCCGAAUUGGCCAAGGCACGACCACCGCCCAAACCAAAACCAACCCAGGCACCAGCACGAUUGGCGCAACCCAAAGCGCAAAAGGUCAAGGGAGUCAACAAUAACAGCAAGAAGCAAUCCACAACAGCUGCUCCCAUGCUCAUGACACCGGCAAAGGUAGGAUCCGUCAAGAAGAAGGUUAAGAUAAAGAAGAAGAAGAAACAACAACAACCAAAGAAAGCAAAACCCACUGCUGUGGUAGAGUCAGGAGACUCCUUGACAAUUGCAGGAGACAAGGAGGAUGAUAAUAAGAACGACAAGAAGAAGCAGAAGAAGGAUGACAAGAAGAAGGGUACCAAGGUCAAAAAACGAAGAAAACGAGAAAAGGCUGGCAGUGUGACACGGAUGCGGGAAGAACGGCGUGAUUUGUACGAUCUACUCUAUGGUGAUGAUGAGCAGCCAGAGGAUCGGGGAAGUGUGCUGCCCUCCGGAGUCAAGAGUAAACUCGCUACACUGUUCUUUGAAGAUGAGAACUUGGAUGACUUUGAUCCGUACGGGCUGGAAGAAGGAUGAUUUGUUCAUUGCAGUCUAAUGGUCAGUCGAGAGUCAAGAGAGCUAGUAGUUUUGUAAUAAUAGAAUUAAUAACACCCACCCAACCC